AUGACUGUUUCUGAUAAUCUGAUAUAUGUUUUGCCUCCCUUUAGAAUCUCAAUAAUUUAUGUUGCUAUCUUUACCAUUUUAGAUGUUGCUGGAAUUGUUGUCUGGUGUGGAGAUAUGGAAAUCUUUCCUAAAGAAAGAAAAAAGAUGAACUUGGAUCUUCAAGAUGUCCAGGGAGAAGUAGUCCGUUGCACUUUGUGGAAUGCGCAUGCACAAGAAUUUAACGAUUUUUUGUCUCAAAACUCUCCGAAUGAGACUGUGAUGGCUGUCAUUCAGCAUGCGAGGAUUAGGAAGUGGCAGGGUCAAUAUACUGUUCAGAGUGAUAAGUUUGGAAGUCGUCUAUUUCUCAACCAAGAAAUUGAUGAGAUUAAUGAACUUCGCAGGAGGUUCAAAGUACAUUUGAGAGUGCAAGAUGAAACUGGCAGCGUUUCUUUUGUGAUGUUUGAUAAAGAUGUAAUGAAGCUUAUUGGUUCAACUGCGAAUGAUAUAAGGGAACGCCAAGUGAAGGUCGAUGAUACUGAAACUUUUCCCCAUGAAAUAUCACGGUUGGUCGAAAAGAAGUUGGCGUUUAAAAUUGAAGUUUCUGAUUACAACCUUAACCAUGACUACCACGUCUACACUAUCCAAAAAGUAUGUGAUGAUCCGGACAUAAUCAUUGAAUUAGUUGCUGGUAAUGGAAAUGCUCUUGAGGUUGCUGAUGAGGUGUUUAGUCAAGAAGGUUCAGAAAUUAAAGCUGUUCAAUUAUCUGAAUCCUCACAGAUGGCCGGUACUGAUAUUUCAAAGGAUGUUGUAUCUGUUAUGGCCGACUCUUCCGUUGUCGAAGCCGAGAAGGAUUCGGCCACCAGUCCUAAUGGUAAACGUUCGUUGCAGGAUGUGGAAGGUCAAAAUGUUGGGGAACUCUCUUCUAACAACAAAAGGAACCGGAGGAAGCCAUCUAGGCUUAACACUUAG